AAAACCCUCACCGGCCCACUCAUUAAAGGCAUAAACCCCAACCCAAAGCUCUCGCUCUCUAUUGCGCGCGCACAAACACAAAAUUCAUCUAGUAAUUUCAUCGACCAGUUGGGAGGCGAGGUGGCAAAACCCACGGAGUCAUGAAGGGCACGAAGGCAACAGUUCUAACAUUUGCAGAGAAAUGCAAGAACAUAUUGGCGUCGAAUUGGCAAGGUCACCUCAAUACCAUUAAAGCUGACGCCAAAGGAAGCAAGGGGGAUGUCUACACAUCAAAGGUUAAGUACAUACUCAGAAGAGGGAAGCCCUAUAUUUGGGUGCCUGAAAAGGAUUUGCAUAAUGUGAACACAAUUAUUGAUGAGCGCGGUUCAUUUGCCGUGAGCAGUCCCUUCCCAGGACCACUGGCAAGCUUGCUUAGAUCGAUGAAAAAGCUACCAGCUCGGGUUGCUUUGAGUGGGGAUGUAGAGCCUCUUAAAGAUGGAAAGGCUCAGUCUGCAGCAGAAAGCCUUAGAGAAGUCAUAUUAUCUGAACAGAAAGCAAUGAAUGAGUGCAGUUAUACGGUUUCUGGUGUAUUAAGUUCAUCUAAUCUUAGUUCUAAAUCUCGAAGUGAAAGCCUUAAGGAGCUAUUGGAAGGGGAUGAAAAAUAUGUGGUUUAUAAGUUCAAUUUGAGAUCCUCCAUGUUUAUUGAUGUCAAUGGAGGCACUUUUGAAAUAGAUCUGGAAGAUAUACGGGCAUCCAAAGCAGAUCCGCUAGCACGCUUCUCUGCGAAGCUAAUUGAUGGGAUUAAUCAAAGUGAAGCAAGGCGCAGAGCUUUGAUGCUCUUUUGUUUUGUAUACUUGAAUGCAAAUGCAAGGGAUGCAUAUGCGCUCUCUAUUGAUCGCAAGGGAUUUGAUGUGCUGGGGAAGGUCCCUAGUCCAGUAUUGAAGGAUGGCUGCAGCCAAUUCCAGUGGAAGGAGUUCAGGUUCACGUUGAAGGAAGAGGCAAGUGAUGUUGAAACUUUCUGCCGUCAACUUGUGGAAAUGGAAGAGGAGGCUGUCAAAAAAGUAUCAGGCUACAGUGGUCUAGGAUAAAGUAUCUGAUAUAAUUUUUUUUUCGUUUUUUUCUUUUGUACUUGGUCAGAAAUUGUAUCAAGGAAUGUUAUCACUAUGAUUUUUGCUUAACUUGGAUGAUUGAGACCUUAUAAUUGUAUUGCAUCCUUCCAUCAAGCCCAAACCAACUGCCAGAUGGGCAUGGACUGGUUAGUGCUGAGUGAGAGAAGAUAGCCAAGGAUAAUUCCUGUUGACCUACACUUUCGGUACUUCCUUUCAUUGUAAUAUUAUGGAUGGUUCUUUAUCCAUAUGAAAUUUUGUUUGUUCUUGGCAAAA